UCCAACAACUCUAUAAAUCUAUAAAUCUAUAAAUCUAUAUCCUUCAUUCCUUCGUUUCCUUCAUUUCCUUCUUUGACACGCAGGCAAUAAGCCAUUCCAAGGAAAAGAAAGUCUUCAAACAAUAAGAGUCUAAUCGCCCCAACAAAAAGAAUAAAGACAGUGUGCUAUGACGUCCCCUACAGGCUCAGUCUCUGACCUUUUAGCAACUUCAGGCACAGAAGGGAAUAGAGAGAGUACACUGGAUGCCUCUGUCUUCGUGGAUCCUUAUUCAGAAUCUAAUCCUUUCGCAGAGGAUUUAUUGGAGCCUGUUUUGAGGACUUCGACACCCCUCAAUUUUGGCGAAUAUUAUCCGCGACCGACGGACAUGUCUGCUGCUACUGCCAGUGCAAAUGUUAACGACACUGAUGAUGACAACGAUGGCGAUAAUGAUGGUAGCGGUAACAGUAAUGAUAGCAAUAAACCUGAGUCGACUUUGCUCUCAAAAUCACUUUCUGGUCUGAACCUUAGUGGAAGUCAUCAACAAGAACACCGCGAUCCGGAACGGAUUUUAUCAAGCGGUGAUGGUGGAGGAGGGCAUCAACGAUGGAAUAGCGUCGAUUCAAAUAACCGCUAUGAUAGUGAUGAAGGUCUACAACAAUCAUCAAAUGAACAUGAUACCAUCAGCACUGCUGCAACGACGACACGGCGAAAGGAAAGCGUAGGGCAGUACCGCCCUGAAUCAACACGAUCCCUUGGAUCACAGGUAAUGGAGAAUGUCCUUUAGACUUCCUGAGAACGGCGUGCUUCCUUGGUUUGAGAUCACGGUGGGUGAACCCCAAAAGGUUGGGGAUGUGAUCAAUCCUCAUAUUGUUUAUAAGGUUCAUGUCAAGCUAAUCUCUUAGUUCUUUAUCUUUCUAAGACAAAUUCAACAGCAUUCAAAUCAAACGACUU